AUGAAUGUCAAGGCAAAGGGACUAGACCGUGAAGCCAAGCGAAACCCCACCGCGGUGGAGGAAAGCAACCCUUCGCCGCAGUCAUUCGGCCAGUUGAGCGACUUUAGUAUCGACUACUCCGUGCCAGUCCAGUCUGAUCUCGACGACAACUUUGAGACACUGCGUGAGAUGCAUGAGCAGACGUUUGACUCUGUGCUUGUCGACGAGGACCUCUUUGACGGAUCGCAAACGCCGAGUCAAACAAUCAGCUUGUCAAGUCCUUCCACCACGUCAAACCAAGCACAUUCCAUCACCGACAUAUGGCGCCAGCCCUUGUUCAAUAGGGCCUCUGCCGAAGCUCUUCUCGUCACCUUUAACUCUUUAGCCGAUUACUUGCCGUUUGUAACCUUACCGGAAGAUGUUUCCGUCUCGCAACUCGCUGCUACCAAGCCCUUCAUUUUGCUCUCCAUCUUGACAGUGACGUCGGGCUCGAGGGCUGUCCAAAAACACGCGCUGUACGACGAUGAGUUUCGAAAAGCUUUGGGCCUCAAAUAUGUCUCUGGUGGAGAGAGGAGUCUCGAGCUGCUGCAGGGCAUCCUGAUAUACUGCGCAUGGUAUCCAUUUCACCUACGACCAAAAUCUGGGCGGCUCGUGCAUUUCUUGCGGAUUGCGGCGGAUGUAGUGCAGGACCUCCGCCUCGACGAAGACUUCCGUACGCUUUCCGGCUCUUGGGAUCAGGAGGCGACAGACGAUGAGCUCGACAAGAUCCGGGCCUAUCUGGCAUUUGUCUACCUUGUAUCCACCUACAUUGUGGUGUGGAAAGGAGGCAAGAGUCUGAGUACACGUGUGCCCGAGUGGGCAAACACAGCAAUCGACACACUCCAACACAACGCUCGUGUUGACGGGGAUAACAUCCUCGCGGCUCUGACGCGUCUGUCUCUGCUUUUCGCCAAUGCUGCCCAGGCCAUCAAUGACAGAGGCUUGCAGACUGUACAGAACAGCCGUCUGAUACUGGUCGGCCUCGAGCAACAAUACCAACAGGUGAUGGGCAGCAUCCCCACCGCUGUUGCAGAUAAUGAAGCUAUACGUCUGCAGGCGAUGUUCGUCGAUAUCUUCCUCGACUGCGGAAGUAUCAUCGCCCUCCCCGUGGCGCAGACUUCCCUAUCUGCCAAGGUCACUCCCUUUCCCCCUCCAGUCGCCAAAAUCUGCAGCGCCACGACGAAGCUGCGGGCUCUGCUUGACUACGUUAUCGGCAUGGACGACUCGGCGUUCCUCAACUUCACUAUCAACGACUGGACCCGAUUCAUCGUCGUUAUGACUCUGUCGUUCCGCUUCUCCUUCCCGCUCUCGCAGUGUCCCGAAUUUGACUCGGCAUGGGCCCGCUCCCAGCUCCAGCUGGACCAGUUCCUAGACAAGGUCUCACAGGGUGGCAACAUAGACCUUUCCAGCGUGGCUCGCUCGAAUGACAUUCUGUCAGCGGACCGCGCUGUGCUCGGCGUCAUGAAGACCAAGUAUGAACGCCGGUUGGCUUCGCUAGGGGCGCCGCCGCCGGCUGCGGGCCUGAGCGGAAUAUUUGGGUGUCCUAUCAUGAUGAGCGGUAAUUUGAGAACAUCUCUGGAACAGCUUGAUCCUGAGCUGAUUAGCAUGCAUCAUCAAUAUUUGUCGGAGUCAUCGAACGGUAUUGAAGAGCCGAAUAGCCUUCCUCUCUUUCAUGAUGUAUGGGCUACUAUGACCAUGGGGUGGGGAGAAGCUGGGAAUAUGUCUUGGAACGCAACCGACGAGAGCUUUUGA